AUGGGAAAUCAGUGUGCUUCAAGAGAGAAAAUGUCAGAAGCAGGAUAAACUGCAAAAGAAAAAUUUUACCAGUUAAAGGAGACUGCAAAAAAUAAAUGGUAUGGAACACCAACUGAAGGAUAACCAUAGGAGGAGAAAUAGCAGAUUGACUAUGAAGAAAAAAGAUUGAGAUAUGGAUAGUAUAAGCAGGAAUUUGUGACAGAUCACUCUCAAAUUUCAAUGAUCUCACAAUUUGAAUCCACUCUACCACUCACAAAGAUUGACGUGGACGAAUUUGAAAGAAGACUAAAGAUGUUGGCCACCUCAAACAGUCUGAACAAGGAGUAAAUAAUUGAAAGCUUCAGAGAUUCAACAGCCUUAAGAGAGAUUGUCUCAAAGGACAGCAUAGUUUAAUAGCUUUUGCUUGACGAGUUAAUGAUGGACAAAAGAAAAUAGAACUAUCUCAUUGCUUAGCUUUUAUUACUGGCAAAUCUCUACUGCCCCUCUAACCCAUCUCUAAAAGCAUAGAAGUUUUUCGAGCUUUGCUAAGAAAACCUAGAUUCUUAAAUUUCUUAGAAUGACAAAGAGCUUAGAUUGUUAUUUGGUAAAAUGCUGGAGAUUACCUAUACCUUUAUGAUUGGUCUUUAUAUGGCUAAUAAAUCAAGCAGUGAUCCUGAUAUCCCAGAGGAAUGGUAUAAUGACGAGUCCAAAUUAGAAGAUGCUUAUGAUUCAAUGUUCGAAGAGUUUUAAAAUGCAGUGUUUAAGUCCAAAACUAGAAACACAAGAGAAGAAUUUUUAGACGAGCUAUCUUAAAAUAAUAGGUCUUGGCUGCAACCACAUUACCUUAGAUAGAGGAUAUUCAACAAAGUUACUGGAAUCGAAAAACUCAGAAUAGACAAAUGA